UCUAAACUGAUGUACGAGCCCGUAGUAAAGGGCAGUUGUACCGUGCCACGAGCCACGUCAGAGGAGCUGCUGGCUGGCUGGAGUUACAACAAGCCAGCGGACGCCGCCGCCGCCGCCGCCCCAACCGGCUCAGACCUGCGACCGCCUCUUCCUCUGGCUCCUUAGGUCCGACGGGAUUCCUUCCGCCGACCGCCCACACCGUCGUCUCAACGGCGCACUUGUCGCCGUGCAUCGCCCGGCUUUGCCGCUAGAAUCGGAUCGGGGGCCGGAUUUCGGCCGAGAGAGGGUAGGCGGCGGUGGAUUGGUCCGCUGGCGGAGGGCAUUCUCUCGCGAUCGAGUUCCUUCUUCCUUCCCACCGGGCUGGCUCCUCACCAGAGAUCUAUACGGCAGAGCAGAGGCUAAGAUAGUUUUUUAAUGGCAAACAUAAAUAUUGGUUCAAAUGAAGAUCUGCAUCAGACUAUGAUGAUGAUGAGAUCAAAGAGAAGAAAGGGGCUUCAACUCACCAACCUGCCAAAGGACAUUCUCUGCAGCAUCCUCUCACGACUGCCUCUAAAGGAAGCCGUGCGGACGAGCAUACUGUCGGAACGGUGGAAGCAUCUCUGGCGCUGCCACUCAAAUCUAGAAUUCAGUCUUAGAUCAGUGUUGCCAGGUCCUCGUACCAACGGACCCAACGAUGGUAGGCCAUGGAAAGACGUGUUUAUUCAGAGAGUCGAUGCGGUCCUGCAGCAACACUGUGGUGCAGGGGUCGACAACAUUCAGUUCCAGGCUCCGUGCGACGAUGAGCAUGGGGAACGGAUAGAGGGAUGGGUCCGCUUUGCCGUUGCUUCCAAGGCGAGGCAACUUAUUCUCGAUUUCUCAGCCACACACCACAUACAACAACAUCCAUAUAAAAUCGAUUUGCGGCUUCUCGAUGACAGUGAAAGCUCACACCUGCAAUCCAUAAAACUCUGUGCCGUUUCUCUGAAGGUGCCCGCGGAUUUCAAGGGUUUUCGGAACCUUAAACGGGUUUUCCUAGCAGACACGGAUAUUACCGACGGCGACCUUCAACAUCUGGUGUCCAACUGCAGCAGUGUUUUGGAGUUCCUUGGAAUCUCUGGCUGUGGGAUGCUCACAAGGUUACGGAUAUCUCAUCUUUCAAACAAGCUUAAGCAUUUGCAAGUAUAUGACUGCCGUUUGCUUCGAGCGAUGGAGUUUAACUUUGGUCUGGUAAAGCUCGAGUACAAAGGCCCUUCUAUAAUACUGUUAUCGCCUCCUGGAACUUUACUUCUAGCAGAUGUAUGCAUCAAGCUGGAGGGCAUCUCUACUAAUUCUCUAGAGUACAUGUUCACCAAGCUUUGCCAUAAUGCGCCCCGUGUCGAGACUCUGACUCUAAGAUGCCAUGAGGGGAAGAUGGCUGCAUUGCCAGGAAAGCUGCACGAGUUUGUUCAUUUGAAGCACCUGACACUGGGCUUGACUUUUGGGUUUGGGACAAGGACAAGUGAUAUUCUUCAAUUUGCCUGCCUUCUGGUUGCUGCUCCUUUCUUGGAAAAGCUGGAAUUUCAUAUGUGGCUGCGCUGCCAGCAUGAAAAAUACAGCGCGGAUAAAGGGCGUCUCCGGAGCCUUCCCUCACAGCCACACUCCCAUCUCAGGGCGGUCGACAUCACGGGGUUCUACGGCGAGAAGGACCAGCUGGAGCUGGCGCUCCACAUCCUCAUAAACUCCGUCGUGCUGGAGUCGAUGAAGAUAGACCCAGAACCUGUGGCCGCCCCCGCCGGUCUCACCCGACUGGUGCGCCCGGAGGCUCCUCAUUUUGCAGACGGCUACGAAGUCGCCCGGGAGUUCCUCCGCAGCAGAGACUGCCGCGAUGUUGUCCACGUCGUUAAGCCUCUGGCAUGUCGUGUGAGGCCGCUCAUGUUUGGCGCCCGCACGCGUAUCGGUGCAACCCAACGCGCGUCUUUCUUCGCAGAGCUGCGUAGAAGAGAGGCGAGGAAUGCGGCGUAAUGGUCGCGGCCGGGCUUCCUGAAGCUAUGCAUACACCGGUGACAUUUGGUACCAUUCAUUCAGAGUUGGUCAAAACUCUUUGUGUUGAACAAGAUCCAUUUGGUAGCAUUCUUUCAUAGUGAAAACUCUUUUGUUCGAUCA